UGUUUUUUGCUGGACGUUAUACAUAUAUGGAAUUUUAGAUUGAAAAGUUUCAUCUCAUCUGUAUAAUUUCAGAUCUUCAACUUGAAAAUAUUUGUAUAGAGAGAGAGCAUAUAUCAGAGGUUUCAGUUGAAAGAGAGAGCAUAUAUCAGAGGUUUAAGUUGAAGACAAUGGCGAAGAAGAAGAAGAAGUCCACUAAAGCAAGCUCCAAGCCUGCCAAGCAGGAUGUUCUUCAGGACCAAUUCCACCAGCCAGGGACGUAUAACUUUCAAGGAAAACCUCUGAAGGAUUUGCUUACGAGACUCAAAAGAGGAAUAGAAUCUGCUAAGCUUACAAAGGGAACAUUACCUGACAAAUUAUGGAUGAAAGAACAAUUUGCUAUUGGUGUGAAUGAUGUUACACGUACCUUGGAGAGAAUGCCCAGAGCUAAUGCUGAGAGAAGCACCCUGGAAUCUUCCAUCGCCUCCAAUGAUCAGAAAGCACCUGCUAUCCAGCUUCAGGCUGUUCUGGUAGCAUGGGAUUGCAACCCACGGUGGCUGACUGCACACUUUCCGAAGUUGGCUUCCAGCCGGGGGGUUCCUCUUUUAUUUGUGAGAGAUCGAAAGGCCGGCUCUUUGCAACUAGGCAAGCUAGUCAACCUGAAAACAGCAGUAGCCAUUGGAGUAAAGGUGCGAGGAACUGGGAUAAAUAUGGUUAUCACAGAAAUUAUAGAUUCAAUGGCUGUAGAAUUAGGGCCUACAAAAGAUUUAUGUGAGAAUUUGAUUGCUGUAGCUUGAAAUUGUCAUGGAUGAAAAGAACAUGAGAAACAAGAAAAUUUUGGACAAACAGGUUAAAUUCAGCACAAAAGAAUUUUGCUAUUACAAAAGGAAAGAAAGUGUACAUAAAUGGUAAAGGCCCAAAUAUGGGAUGAAUCUCUCUUGAGCCACUGUGAUAUGGUCAUGGAAUCUUCAUGACCUAGUGAUUACUGCCAUUGCAUUUGUGGGUUCGACAGUGCUGGGGUAAGUGGGUUCCACAGUCAAUUAACAGCAUAUCUGCUUUCUCUACAUUAUUGCCCAACCAAUUGAUCGGAUAGUGACAAAGUCCAUCGAUGAUUGUUGUUACUGACCAUAUGGAUCCUAUUAUAUUUUUCCUCCCUGAUCUCAGAUUAUGCACAAUGCUACGCAUUUUGAAAAGAAAAGAGAAAAGUGUACGCAAAAUUGCAAAGAAUGAGCACGAGAAUGCUCAGUUGGAAAAUGCUCAUAGUUGGCUGCAGCAAGAUAUUGGAAAAAGGGGUAGUUAACUUAGUUGUGUUGCGACCUUCUAAUUCAAGUGCACAAAUCAGAUUGGGAUG